UGUUGAUUGAGCUAAUUUUGAUUGAUUUAAAUAUUGUGCGUUAUCACUCAUUGGGUGACUUCCAAUUUUUACUUGCUGCUCUAAUCUUCACGAUGACUUCGGGCUCGGGGUUUAGGUAAUGGGCCAUUGAGAUGUGUAACGGGCUUGUAAAUCUGAACCAGUGUCUAGUUGAUUUGGCGGGAAACAAGUGCGGCGGCUUUCACAAAAUCCCGCCUUGCAGGGAUUCCUUACACUCAUCUCGCAAAAUUUUCUAUCUUCUGCAUUGCCUGAAGCGUUUCAGAAACUAGAAGGCGCAGUGAAUCCCAAAGAGGGAGUGGAAAUCGGCGAAUACUGAUCCAGCUCUUUAAUUUUCGAGCUUUUGGAAAUGGAUCGUGGCGGCGCUGGGCACUUCGUCGAUGAGGAAGCGGCGGCGGUGGAGAACGCUCUCAUGGAGUUUCUAAAGAGUUUCCGGUUGGAUGCCAACUCCAGGGAGCCUUACUACGAAUUAGAGAUCGCGGGGAUGCGGCCCAACGAGUCCAACACACUGUUUAUCGACUUUUCCCACGUUAUGCGCUUUAACGACCCUCUUCAGAGAACUAUUUCUGAUAAUUUUCUCAGGUUCGAACCAUAUUUAAAGAGUGCAUGCCAGAGAUUCGUGAUGGAGCAGAAUCCCAAUUUCAUAACAGCUAAUAACCCUAACAAGGAUAUUAAUGUUGCUUUUUACAAUCUUCCCUUAAUUAAGAGAUUGAGGGAGUUGACUACAUCAGAGAUUGGGAAACUGGUAGCUGUGACAGGAGUGGUUACUCGGACAAGUGAGGUUCGGCCUGAACUUUUACAAGGGACUUUCAAGUGUUUGGACUGUGCUACUGUCAUUAAGAAUGUUGAACAACAAUUCAAAUAUACUGAGCCUAUUGUCUGCAUGAAUGCUACAUGUACAAACACAGUGAGAUGGGCGUUGCUAAGACAAGAUAGCAAAUUUGCCGAUUGGCAGAGAGUCCGAAUGCAGGAGACAUCUAAGGAGAUACCUGCUGGCUCUCUUCCAAGAUCGCUUGAUGUCAUUUUACGUCACGAUAUUGUUGAACAAGCCAGGGCUGGUGACACGGUUAUAUUCACUGGAACUGUGGUGGUAAUACCUGACAUAUUUGCCCUGGCCUCUCCAGGAGAAAGAGCUGAGUGUCGCAGGGAUGGUCCUCAACAAAAGAAUGCUACUGCAGGCCAGGAAGGUGUUAAAGGACUCCGUGCAUUGGGUGUGAGAGAUCUCUCUUACCGCCUAGCCUUUAUUGCCAAUUCAGUUCAGGUAUGUGAUGGUCGAAGAGAUAUUGAUGUCAGAAAUAUGAGAGAUGCUGAUGAGGAGGACAAUCCACAGUUCACGGAACAAGAACUAGAUGAAAUACAAACAAUGAGGAAUACUCCUGAUUUUUUCAAUAAGCUUGUAGGUAGUAUUGCUCCAAGUGUUUUUGGACACCAAGAUAUCAAGCGAGCAAUCUUGCUUAUGCUUUUGGGUGGUGUUCACAAGUUUACUCACGAAGGCAUUAAUUUGAGGGGAGAUAUCAAUGUCUGCAUUGUUGGUGAUCCUAGCUGUGCAAAAUCUCAGUUUCUCAAGUACACAUCAGAUUUGGUUCCCAGAUCUGUCUACACAUCUGGUAAGUCUUCAUCUGCAGCUGGGCUAACAGCUACAGUAGCCAAAGAGCCAGAAACAGGAGAGUUCUGUAUUGAGGCUGGUGCUCUGAUGCUUGCAGAUAAUGGUAUCUGCUGCAUUGAUGAGUUUGACAAGAUGGAUGCUAGAGAUCAGGUUGCUAUUCAUGAAGCAAUGGAGCAGCAAACAAUAAGCAUUACAAAAGCUGGUAUUCAAGCAACACUAAAUGCUAGAACAUCAAUUUUAGCCGCUGCCAACCCCCUUGGAGGCCGGUAUGACAAGACCAAACCUCUCAAGUACAACGUUGCGCUUCCGCCUGCUAUUCUUUCAAGGUUUGAUCUCGUGUAUGUUAUGAUUGACGACCCUGAUGAUCAGACGGAUUACCACAUUGCGCAUCACAUUGUGAGACUUCAUCAGAAACGUGAAAGUGCACUUGCACCUGCAUUUUCUACUGCACAAUUAAAGCGUUACGUGGCAUAUGCAAAGACUCUGAAACCAAAGCUAACACCUGAAGCAAGGCAAUUAAUGGUGGAAUCUUAUGUAACUCUUCGCCGUGGAGAUGCAGCUCCAGGGAGCCGAGUAGCUUAUCGCAUGACUGUAAGACAGCUGGAGGCUUUAAUCAGGCUUUCAGAGGCAAUUGCUCGAGCUUAUCUGGAUCUUCAGGUUCAAUCACGUUAUGUAAAACUAGCAGUAAAACUCUUAAAGACAUCUGUUAUCAGUGUUGAAUCUAGUGAGAUUGAUUUAUCAGAGUUCCAAGAAGAUGAUCGCAAUGAUAGUGUUCCUGAAAACGAAGAUAAUUCUGGCCCUCGUGAAACUCAUCCUGAAGCCACUCCCGAGCCACCUUCUGGGCAUACAGAAAGUGCAUCAGGCAAGCAAGGAAAGAAACUUGUCAUUAGUGAUGAAUAUUUUCAGAAGGUGACUCAUGCCCUUGUCCUGCGAUUAAGGCAGCAUGAAGAGACUGUGAUGAAAGAAGGGACUGGUUUAGCAGGAAUGAGGCAGCGGGAUCUGAUCCAGUGGUAUGUGAAUCAGCAAAAUGUGAAAAACUGCUACAGCUCUAUGGAAGAGGCUGCUGCUGAGCUCACAAAAGUGAAAGCCAUUAUAGAGAGUUUGGUACGGAGGGAAGGCCAUUUGAUAGUUGUGGAUGAAGGAAGACAAGCAGAGGAUGGUGAAACCACCACAAAAACGUCAAGAAAUGACCGGAUAUUGGCUGUAGCACCUAAUUAUGUUGUAGAAUGAUUGGACCAAAGAAGUAAGCUUUCCAUGUAUAAUACCCUCAUGGUAUGUUUGGGAACUUGGAAAUUCAAGAAUUCAAAUGCCAGAGUUGAAAAGAAAUGUUAGUUCCCAAACACUACCUUAUUGUAUUUUAUUUUAUGUUGCAAAGUCUAACAGUACCAAAUAACCAUUGCUAUUUCUU